AUAUCACACAACUAAUCGGGAGACGUCUUAUUUGUUUUUGUUGUGUAAACAAAUCGUUUGCGUGCGCGACUAACCGUAUCUAGGCAACGCGACGUCGAUCGAGAGGCCAAGGCGGUGCAUUGAUAACGGUGGCGCACUGGUUUAGCGCGGCUCUUUCGCUACGAACGACGGUCGAAGCGAGAUCAAUAAGCGAUGACGGGUGCCGAUCGCUGAAUUCUGACAAUCGCAGUUACACAGCAUUCCAUCUACCGCCGACGUGACAUACUUUCAUAGGGUUGUCUAUAGUCGGUUCGUCGACGUUUGUUAGACCUUCGCAUCUGCACUUCGAUCGGUGUCGGGUUUAAUCGGCGCGGAGUCUUUGAGCACAGGCGCAAUCAUGAGUAAACAGUUAGAUCAGCUCACCGACGUGUUCAUAUCGGACGAGGUAUUAUUGAUGUGCCAUAACUUGGCGCUACUCACUGAAAAGGAAGAGGUUGCCGCUCUACUCAUCGGCCAGAAAAUAGUACACGAGAAUGGGAUCACUGUAUCUGUGACUGCGCUAUCGAUACCGCCCCGGGGAGAGAUCAAAAAGGAUCGCGUGGAAAUCAUGUCUGAAGACUUGGUAAACGCUAUGGAAGAUGCCAAACACUUCUCUCGCGUCAAAGGUGCUAACUUGAACGUCAUUGGCUGGUAUCAUUCACAUCCUCACAUCACUGUGUGGCCAUCUAAUGUCGAUUUGCAAACUCAAUUGAACUUACAAAACAUGGAUUCAUGUUUUAUUGGUAUAAUUUGUUCCUCGUAUAAUACAGAUACUACAACAAUGAUGAAAGAAAUGAAAACAGUAUGCUUUCAAGCUAAACAAAUAAAUGGUAUGGUGCACAGAAUAGAUGUUAAAUUUCAGGUUGCACCUACAACUUGUACCAGCCAAUUGUCAUUUGGAGUAAUUGUAAAGCACAUAGAAACAUUGUAUGACGAACUCAUAAAAAAUUAUAAUGAAGCAAAUGAAGGUGUUAUAAGUCCAAUGGCUCAGCUUCAUAAUGAUUCAGUAUACACAUUGUCUGGAAUACAUAUGCUAGAAACAGUGGCUAAACCUAUGCUGCAAAUGUUAGAAACGCAACGUGAAAGUUCAACUAAAAGAAUUCAAAGUCUUCAAACCAAACUAGAACAGCUAUCAUUGGGUAUUAAUGAUGAGCAUUAUUGUGACGGUACAAACAAAACUUACAAUGAUCAAGAAAAUAGUGAUAAUUCUGACGACAGCUUUAGCACAUCAGUACCAACAAUUAAUCAACCUAAAGAAACGAAGAAAGGGAACAAGUCCAGUAUGGUAUCCUCUCCAGUUUAAAUUCAUAAACAAUAAGCAGCUUCAGUAGAAUCAUACUUAAUGAAUUUAAUAACUAUUUUAUUUUAUCAUUAACAGUCAUUUUUUUUUUAUAAUAUAUUUAUUGUACAUAAAGUAGGCAUUGUUUAAAUGUUUUUUUUUUUUUUUUACCAAUAGUUUUGAUACUAUACCUUUAAUUGGUCAGUCUUAAGCAAAAGUAUAUUCAUUUGAGUGUGGGCCAAGAAUAAAUUUUGUAGAUGGUAAAUAUUUUGAUUUUCACAAUAGUAUUGAGUAUAUAUUGUAUAAAGAAACAAUGUACUAUAAAAAUGUCCUACGCUCCUGGGGAGGUGGCUAAUAGAUGGCGCAUGGAAAAAUUUGUUGAGGAGGCGAAAACAGUGUAGUAAUUCUACCUUAUAAUAAUUAUUGUACAUAAUCGCUAGUGUCAAAUUAAUCAUUAUAAAUUAUAAUAUUCACCUUUACUCUAGAAUGUACAAUAUAGCAGGAAAAUUAAAUAAUUAUAUUAUAGAUAUUAUUGUUAUUAUUAUUAUGUCAAACAAUAAAAUACGGGUAAUAACAUAAUAUUAAUUAAUUUAGCAUAUUAAAAAAUAAAAUAAUAUUGAUAGUGA